UGUUACUCUUAUGGAAUUGUGGACAGAGCGAGCUGAAAUUUGACAAACUAUUAUUUUAUUAUUAUUUCGAUGUUGGCAACAGAGUGAUGUUCUUGAAUUUAUUUAUUAUUUUGAUCAAAAACAUAAAUUGAUGAUACAAAAUAGAUAUAUAACGUAAUCAUUGCAUUAUCGAGUAACGAACAACGAAUCAGAUUAAAAUUAGGAAUACGAAAUUUUGAUCAGCCAAUCACAGCUUUAGCGGGAAUCGUUAGUUUCAAAUAAUUACAAUAAUUAUAAUACAUUUAAUCCCUGGUAUGCGGCAAUUAUGAAAAGAAUUUAAAAUAAAACGUUGACAAACAAAUCGAAGUGUUAAUUAUUGGUACGAGGAUGGAAAUUUCAAAUCCGUUUUUAAACGACACAUUUUAUUCGUUUGUCGUUUGUUAUAAUAUCUAAGCUCUGAUUGGUUCGCGUUGCUUUGCAACGAACGCCGUGGAAGACGUAGCGUGAACCCCGUUACAGACGCGGCGGGUUUCUCGUUCACUCGGAUAACUUUACUCUUCCCGCGGACGCGAUAUUUUUUUGCGUCAAAAUUACGCUGUUCUCGUUUCCGAAGGGACGCUGUUAAACUUUUUCGUAACCAGUGUUAUCAUCUUUUGCAAAAAAUAAUCGUGUGUUUCCCUAUUUUGUCAUAAUUUUUCGUUUGUCCCCUUUAAGCAAACGUCAGAUUGAAUUUCCAUUAAAAGAAACUCGAGUAGAUUGAUAGCAAUAUGCCUCGCAGAAAUUUUCUGUUCGAACGAUUGGACCUCAACGAACAAAUCGGAGAUCGACGAACUUCUGCAAUGUUGUUUACAAAAUCACAAUUCGGACGAGUGGAAUUGUGUAAUGUAUCCAGAAAUUUGUUCUCACAGUUCAAUUUAUUUAAUAAAGACUCGUUCGAGUCUUCCGCGAAUGAUUCGUCAUUUUUUAAGACGCCACCGAUGGAAAUAAAAACGGUUGCAGCACCGAGGGCGCCAGUAAAGAAUAAAAAACAGUUGAAGAAGGUAGAUCUGAAACCGAAAAGGUUGCAAUACACCGAAGAAGAUUUGGACAUUUCGAAUACUUUAGAUCGCGUUACGAUUAACUGUCCGAGCAACACGUUGUCACGUAAACAAACGUGGAAAAAAAUUCAAUGCGAUGAAUCCGAUGCCACGCAAGAACAAAUGCGUACAUUACAUUCCAGGGUAGACAAAAUUAAGUUACAAGCGAACGAUAAAGAAAACGAUAUGAAUAUCGUAGGAAACAGAUCUGAAAGUACAUUAAACAACAGAAACGAUAUAGUACGAGUGUCGUCAGUAGUGUCUAGUUCAAACACCAUAGUGGAGUCGGAGAACCACAGCUAUUUAGAUUGGAAACAGAGAUUGUACUGGUUACAGUCUCAAAGAGAAGUUGGUAUAUGGGUUGAGUGUUGUAAAACAAGUUGCAAGAAAUGGAGAUACAUAGAAGAUUGCCACGAUCCAUUGGAUAUACCCAAGAUAUGGUAUUGCAAGAUGAAUAGUGAUGAGUCGAUGGCAUCUUGCGAUAUAGCAGAAGCAUCAAAGCCAUUACCGUUGAUAGAAAAUGAUUACAACGCUGGGAGUAUUGUGUGGGCUCGUGUACCUCGUUAUCCAUGGUGGCCUGGAAUCAUUUGCGACAGUGUUGACACUUUCAUGUAUUACAAAAAACGUAGAUAUUCACUGAAACCUCACCAGUACCAUGUUACAUUUUUCAACAAAGAUAAAUUGGAGUGGGACUGGAUUCAUAUACGAAAUCUUAAACCAUUUGUAGCGUACAAUUACAGCCAACUUAUCACAAAGACUGUAUUCAAAGGAGUAGAUUAUAAAGACUCUCUAAUGGAAGCGUAUGAAUUAGCCUCGAGUGCUUUGCCAUUGCGGAUCGCUGAAAGGCUACAAAAAUUUGAUUUCAUAACACAAUAUGACAGAUUUUAUAACGACUAUACUAAUAAUAAUUUAAAUAACUCAGUUGAUAGAAACGCUCAAAGAUUAGGGGAUACAAUACAACACAAUCCCUCCACAAGAAAUUGUCGUACGUUAAGAAAACGGAAGAUACAAACAUCAUAAUUAUAUAUAUAAUCAUACUUUCUAUAUACAUAUAGAACAGUUAUUUAACUUGAUUUAUUGGACUCCUUAAUUU